AUGAAGCUUUUCGCGAUCAUCGCCGGUCUUGCUGUGACUGUCGAGGGCGCAGUUAUCGAGAAUGGAUUCAAUCUCCAAAAUGUGCAGAAUGUUCUUCAGUCCGCUCUUAGCAUGACGUCGCGACCGACGUCAAAACCGCCAAACUUUUUGUUUGUGAUUGCCGAUGACCAGGAUCUACAGCUUGACUCAAUUUCAUAUACACCACAUAUUCUACGACAUGUUCGCGACAAAGGAACUUCCUUCCAUAAUCAUUUCGUGACAACCGCACUGUGCUGUCCCUCCCGGGUUAGCCUGUGGACCGGGCGCCAGGCACAUAAUACAAAUGUCACAGAUGUCCACCCGCCGUAUGGCGGAUAUCCCAAAUUUGUGGACCGGGGGUUUAACGAUAACUUCUUGCCCGUCUGGCUGCAGGAGGCAGGCUAUGAUACUUACUAUACUGGAAAGCUCUUCAAUGCGCAUACAGUAGACAACUACCAUAGCCCGCAUGUAAAUGGGUUCAAUGGUUCAGAUUUCUUGCUCGACCCAUUCACCUACUCCUACUUAAAUUCCACCUAUCAACGCAAUCACGACGACCCGGUCAGCUACGAGGGCGAACACACAACAGAUGUCAUUACACGAAAAGCUCUGGGAUUCCUGGAAGAUGCACUAGAAGGAGAUCGACCUUUCUUUGUAACUGUUGCUCCCGCGGCGCCUCACUCCAACGUAGAUCCAACGAAUAUUGAGAAUAGGAGCAAAGGAAUAACCAUGGGUGCGCCAAUCCCACUUGACAGACACAAACAUCUAUUCCAGGAUGUCAAGGUGCCUCGCACCGCAAAUUUUAAUCCAGAUGAGCCGAGUGGAGCCAGCUGGAUUCGAGAGCUGCCGCAACAAAAUCAAACGGUCGUGGACUACGGCGAUUACUUUUAUCGCUCCCGAUUGCAGGCCCUGCAAGGUGUGGAUGAGCUUGUGGACACCCUUGUCACUCGUUUGGAAGAGAGCGACCAGCUGGACAACACAUAUAUCAUUUACACCUCGGACAACGGAUUCCAUAUUGGACAGCACCGUCUCCCGCCUGGCAAGACGUGCGGCUUCGAAGAAGAUAUUCGCGUCCCAUUAUUCAUUCGCGGCCCUGGAGUACCUGAGGGCUUCGCCCAGGAUUCUGUCACGACGCAUAUUGACCUUGCCCCGACUAUCUUUCACCUAGCGGGCAUUCCACAUCGGUCUGAUUUCGAUGGAACGGCAAUUCCUGUUACACCCGAAUUCACGGGAACACGACACGAACAUGUGACUGUCGAGUACUGGGGUCGUGGAGUCCUUGAAGGGGAUUUCAGCCACAUUACUGGCGGCUCCACCUUUGCACCGAACAAUACGUAUAAGUCGGUUCGGCUAUUAGGACCUGGUUACAACCUCUACUACUCUGUGUGGUGCACCAACGAGCACGAACUGUAUGACCUCUCGACUGAUCCAUAUCAACUGCACAAUUUAUAUCCAAGCGAAUCACGAAAUAUCCAAGACGAGCCUCGUAUUUUGGGUCGAAGUCUUUCACAGGCUAUAAGCCGUCUUGAUACGCUGUUACUCAUUCUGAAAUCUUGCCAAGGUAAUACUUGCAUUGAGCCGUGGAAGGUUCUACACCCCGAGGGGUCCAUUCGUACCCUGCGUGAUGCUCUGGAUGAGCAAUAUGAUGUCUUUUACGACCAGCAACCUCAAGUAUCCUUUAACUGGUGUGAUUUAGGAUACGUUAUUGAGGCGGAAGGGCCCCAAGACCCAUUAACAACACGAUACGGUUUAUCAUGGGACUCCUGGGUAUAA